ACACGCCGACGCCAUUUUCAAUAAAAACGUAAAAAGUAGGAGCCACUGUUCGUCCGUAUGUAGAAGUUAAUUUGCACUAAAAUUACACUUACAUUGGUGUAAAACGUGAAACAAAGGGCUCAAUUUUAGAUCAGCGAAGAAGAGGAGCCCCAAACAGUGCACGGCGUAGAGAAAGAGAAAAAACGCGAGUGCGCUAGAGCGAGGUGGAUAGUGUUGAUAGAACAAGAAAGAGCACAACGUCGAACGACGGGCGUUGUACUUCAUCGUCGUCAUCGUCAUCAUUGGCAAUCAUCAGCGCCAUCAUCAACGAGCAACCUGAUCGCAGCCAUCCUGCCUGGCCGUUCGGCUGGCGAAAUAAGGGAAGAAAGCAUAAAGUAGGAGAAUAAUAACAACAAUCUUUAGUAUUCUCGUCAGCGAACAAAAAAAAAACAGUCGGCAACAGGAAGGGGUGUGCAUUGGUUGCGUUUGCUGGUAGAGUGUGUGUACAUGCUGUGAAAAAGUGCUAACCACAGUGACGUGAGCCAUUGAGUGCGCAGGGAAAAUAAGGCAAGCAGGGAAUUGUGCAAGUGUGUCAUUAAGGUUAGUGAUAAACGCAAGAAAAAUCGAACCCCAGAUCCUUUCGGCAAGGAGUACCAUUCACAUCAACAACAAACGGUUGGCUGAAAGCGAUUCAGUUUUGCCACAUUCGGUGUCGAACGAACGAACGAAGCAGCUAUCCGUCAUCUGUUGCCUGCGCCCUGGGGCCUGGGGGGAUUACGGCAGCCGUGGUUGUGCUUUGUUAAGGAAGAAUUUUGCUGCCCUUUUGCUUGCGUCGGCCCGGCCUGUUGAAAAUCGAAUUCGCAACCCAAUCCCAGGCGGUACGAUGACGGAGUAUAAACUAGUUGUAGUAGGCGCUGGAGGUGUCGGCAAGUCGGCGCUUACCAUACAGCUCAUUCAGAAUCAUUUCGUGGAUGAGUAUGAUCCAACAAUUGAAGAUUCCUACCGGAAGCAAGUAGUUAUAGAUGGCGAAACGUGUUUGCUCGAUAUUCUGGACACAGCCGGUCAAGAGGAGUACUCAGCUAUGCGUGAUCAGUAUAUGCGAACGGGUGAAGGAUUUCUAUUAGUAUUUGCUGUUAACAGUGCCAAAAGUUUCGAAGAUAUAGGAACCUACCGAGAACAGAUUAAACGUGUUAAAGACGCAGAAGAAGUGCCAAUGGUGUUAGUUGGCAACAAAUGCGAUCUGCAAGCGUGGGCAGUGGAUAUGAAUCAGGCCAGAGACGUGGCGAAACAGUACGGUGUUCCUUUUGUAGAAACUUCGGCCAAAACACGGAUGGGGGUGGACGAUGCAUUCUAUACGCUAGUGCGCGAAAUUCGCAAAGACAAAGAGAGGGGGAAGAAGAACCGAAAGCACCAUAAACUGGUAUCCAGCAGACGAUUCAAGUGCCAGUUGCUAUAAGGCUGCAAAUAGAAAGGGAUCAUCGCACGUUACCACCCUCUCCUAUGAAUCAGCCGCAGCAGCAUCAGUAACACACACACAGUAUGUCCGCGCCUCGUUUUCUAAUAUUCGACUUAUUGACCUACAAGUGAAAGAUAGGGCCAGAGCGGAGGAACACGUUCACUACCAGGAAGAGAUGUGCGGCAGUAAUACGGCAAAAUGGCAUCAUACCCUCACUGUGUCUAACUUUCCGUCUGCUGGUCUUCUGGUAUACAAACACACACACACACUCACAAUAACACACAAUCACACACACACACACACAUACCGUUGUGCAGGAAAGACAGCGGACAAAUUACUAAUAUUCAGCUGAUGGAGGAUGUUUCUUUCUGCGAAAAUUUUGAAGUUUUACACGCACAUCUUUUUAAGCGCCAUUCAUUGCGUUCGCCGUAGCUAGAUAACACGCUAAAACGAGCUAAAAGUUGAGCAAUUAGCGAAAGAUUUGUCCGAAUCCGCGAGCAAAGUGGUACCGGGUGGGGCGGGUGAAACAAUCCGUGGUUUUAUCGUGAAUCGCACAAAGAAAAAUCAAUGGACUGUUCCAUCUGGAGUAUGGAGUGCCGAACUCGUAUCAGCAACUCGAAAGAGCACGGUUAGCAAUGAGCGAAUGAGGGUAAAAAGUGUGCUUGUUUGUAGGUAGUUGGAAUCUGUAAAAGACGACACACAAGUCGCGCUUGGUCCACCGCCCCCCCCCCUGGUCAACCACAAUACACUCUGGCAUGGUAGCAAAAAAAAAAAACUAUUGUACCACCCACGGCAUUAUUUGGUGAAUAGUAUCGAUAACGCUAUAAAAAAGCUAUUACAACGCAAAAAAACAGAUAACACGGUGAGAAACAUAAGAAUAGAGUGUAUGAGCGCGAAUGUAUAGGCAAUGUUUGUAUCUAAUCUUUGUACCCAGAAAAAAAGGGAACUAAACGUUCUUCACUUGUCUGCCUGUAAAGACCUUACAUAAAAAGGGGGUUAAAUAUUAAUUACGAACAUUAGGUAAUUUAGAUAUCUCUUUUGCUCUUAAAUUCACAUGUCUACUAUCCGUACCGAUGAGGCAGAAUGUGUACGCACUGGGUGUGCAAUCGAAACAAAACUUGUGUGUGGCACAUAGUAAAAAUGCAGAAACGAUCAAUGAGAUGCUUUUUUUCCUUUCCCUCUCUUGGAUGAUGGUUGUUCCUUAAAACGGUCGUCCGAACGGUGGUAGUAUAGGCGAAACGAAUGUGUGCUAUUACGGGGCAUCAUUAGUUAUUAGCAGCAAGCAGCCUGCAGAAAAACAAGCGAACACUUGACUCGUGGCAAAGAUUGAAGACAUUCACACAUACACAAAAACACGCAUAUACAUAUAUAUAUACAUAUAAGUAACAUUCAUCGGGAUGACUAUUAACAUUCGCCGUUUGCAUUCGGGGAAAUGCAGGAAGAAAUGUGAAAACGUUACGUUGAUAGAUUGGUAAGAUUUCUAAAAGAAAACCCAAAAUUGUAGGUGAAACGAUAAAUAGGUAAUGUGAAUUGAUCUACGGGCAGAGAGGAGAAUCACCGGCGAAACAAUCCAUAAAUAAUCCGAUAUUUUAGUUUUACGCGAAUUAAUCGAAACAUAAACGAGAAGAAGGAGUGGUAGAGUGGGAGACGAAAUAAGGAAAGUAAACAAAACAACUGACAUUAAUUUACAUCGUAUUUUCUUAUGUUCAUUGAAAAUAAUCAAUAUCGACAUGUGUAGGUUUUGAUUUUAA